AUGCUUCCAUCACUGGAUGAUUGCAAUGAGUGCAAGCCUGCCUACCUCCAGCGCAGACUUGACUCUUUCCCACCUUCCACGAUAGCUCUAUCAUCUGCACCUUUUGCUUUGACAUUCCUCUUUGUCGCUGUCGCUGUAUGGCAAAAAGUUGUACCACACCUUUCGUCAUCGAACUCGCAAAAGGACCAGAACAUACCAUUUUUCAACCGAGAAACUCAACGGACAAACAACCAUGGACUCAAUUCAUUGCGCACCAUCACUUUCAAGCGUGUGGCUGCAAUCACCUUCUCUACAACUGUGGCUUUAUCGGCUGUCCUUGUAGAACUGAUCUUGUGCGAAAUCUCCGAUUUACUAAAUCCAGCAGCUAGAGGACUGGCUUUGCGCAUCACUUUGUUCUCACUUCUGAUUCUGAUAAUCAUUGUUAUACCGAGUCUGGAAGUCCACACUUUGGUUUCUGGAUCACGUCCUCGCUCCGAGUAUGCUACUCACAACACACGCAAGUCCCGUCCGACCAUUCGAUACACACUCGAGGCUUUGCUGCUGGGUAUAUGGUUCCUUGCCUUCUGGUACAUGCCGCAUACAUCACUUCUCCCAGCCUCUCUGCACUCGCAAGCAGGGCAUCCGAGCGAGCACAAGGACUUUGACUUUGUCGAGGCAUGUCUUGAGCGAGUUGGCAUCAUAGGCAUCUCUCUCAUGGCUUCUCUUGCUGGAUUUGCUGCGGUGUCAUCAAUCUGGCAGACUUUCGGCGUACGGCACCGAGUUGUUCGCGAUAGCGAUAUUGCACGUAAGGAAAGCGGACUGGCUGCAACCAGAGACAUGUUGGCAGUCAAGCAAAGUCGUCUACGUGCAUUGCAACGCAAAAUGUCUGAAGCACCGCAGGACAAAGGUGGCAUUGUGACCAGAAUGAUUGGCUCGAUCAAAGGAAACUCCGACACAAACGAGCAGCGUAGCUUGGAGAUGGAGAUUUCAGGUCUGGAAACAAUGACCAUGACUCUUGCCUCGUCCCUGGCAACUCUCAAGUCUCGUCAUGCGACCCAGCAACGAUCGCAGAACAGUCUUGGAAGGCUGUUGAAUAUACUCAAUUUCGGCUUCGCACUGUACUGUCUCUACCGCAUUGCAGCGACUUCGGUCUCUUCACUGCGCAGGUGGUGGCAGCCUAACACAACUUUCGCGACAUCCGAUCCCAUCAACAAUGUCCUCGCUCUGCUCACUACACAUUAUGAUCCUACACUGGAUCGCGAGGCUUGGUCUCGCCAAAUCUCCUUUGUGCUAUCCGGUGUCAUGCUAUUGCUGUCUUUCAACGCUGUCCUCCAGACUUUCCGGUUGUUCACCCGCUUCUUUCCCAGCCUGGCUGCUCGUGCGCAGUCUGCUCUUCCGCUUGUGGUUUCACAGGUCGUCGGCGCAUAUGUCAUUUCUUCCGCAUUACUGUUGAGGAGCAACCUGCCCAGUGAGGUGAGUAGCGUCAUCAGCGAAGCCCUGGGUGCACCGCUGGAAGGUCGUUUUGUGGAAGCUUGGUUCGAGAGCUGGUUCUUGAUCGCUGUGGUGGUGACGAGUAUUGGUAUCUUUAUUAGUCGUAAGGUGGGCUCAUCUAAUGAUUGGGAAGAUUGGGAAGAGAGUCAAGAUAUGGAGAUGGGCAAGAUGCAUUAA